AUGAGUCUGGACACGUUGUUUAUGCAGGACACGUAUCUACUCUGUCAGAUCCUACCUAUCUCACCGCCAGCGCGUUUCUGUGUGGGACAGAAUGGGGACAUCUUUACUAAGGAUCGCUCCGACAUUUAUCGGAUGAGCUCUCCGCACCUGGUCAACGACAAGAAGGCAGCGGCGCCGUUCUCAAUCGGGCCGCAUAAUUGCAUUGAAAAACCGCUCCGAAUGAUGAUAUUCGAGUUACGCUGGCACGAAUCAUCAUGCGCUACGACUUGA